AGAGAGACGCGCAGAGAAGGAGCAGGUCUGCAGUCUGAAUCUUGGCGUCGCACAGACCCGAGACGACGCUGUGGCCAAGCGCCGCUACACUGGGAAUACAUACAGAUUUGUCUGUAGACGAUAAGACCACUGGCUACGGUUAAGUCCGACGUUGCGUCGAGAAGUUCCUACAACGCGGCGGGUUUUUCUUCGGAUCCGGAUCUGUGGCUCUCCAUCAUCCGUCGUUCGCUGAGCCCGAAUCUCGGUCCAACGACGAGUUCGAGCGUGGAUUAUCGACACCGCAGAUGCUGCUGUUAACUGUGGAUACAUUAAGGAGACGGACAAUUAAGUGCCCCCGGACAAACUGAAGGAGGGAUCUCCCGGUUUCCGCCGUCUGUCUGGUGGUAUCAAUUACAUAUGUGGAGCGGACGAGGAUUUGUCGUGAUUUUCUUCGCCCGUGGGGUAGAUCAGUGACCACUUGAAUCACGUCUCCCCUUGGUUACCUUCCCCUCUUUCCUCCCCUUUAGGUGUGAAAUCUAUAUUCUCAGACAGAGACUCCGAACCCCUCGGUCCCUGCAUGACAUGGUUCAGUCCAGCUGCGAGAUCCGAGUCUCCUCCAUGCAUUGGGAUUUUUCACAGCGCCUAAAACGAGUGAAUCUCCCUUUUCUGACUAUCUGAGAACUAUCGCGCCUGCCAGACCAGAGAACAAGCUCUGCCAUGACCGCCGCUUCAAAUCGGGACGGAGCAACGGGACUUGCGAGGAGAGCGGAAUGCGCAUGCAGGAAAGGGAACGGAAUACGGAUUUUUGCUCUAAUGAAGGCGGGAGUGCAGGUGCACCACUGGAGCCGGGUGCUUUUCUUAUAUAUGGGGCUGCUGACCGCCUCUAUAAAGGCUCAGAACUGCAGUUACACGCUACACAGUCCCAACGGGACCAUAGAGAGCCCCGGCUACCCGUACGGUUACCCCAACUAUGCCAACUGCACGUGGGUGAUUGUGGCGGCUGAGCACAACAGGAUACAGCUGGUGUUUCAAGGCUUCGCCCUGGAGGAGGACUUUGACAUCCUGUCUGUAUACGAUGGACCUCCGAGCCCUGGAAACCUGCGGACACGGUUAACGGGUUUCCAGCUGCCGUCACCUAUUGUGAGUACAGGCUCCAGACUCACUCUGUGGCUACUGUCUGACUACGCAGUCAGCGGGCAGGGAUUUAAAGCCGCUUAUGAAGCUCUGCCCAGCUACACCUGCGGGAACCCGGGCCAGCUCCUCAACGGCCACCAGCAGGGCUCCACGUUCAACAUCGGCGACAAGAUCCGCUACAGCUGCGGCCCGGGCUUCGUGCUGGAGGGUCACACCACGCUGUCCUGCCUCGCCACCUCGGCCGGCACCGCCGCCUGGGACUUCCCGCUGCCCUACUGCAGAGCAGAUGAUGGCUGCGGUGGGACGCUGCGGGGCCAGAGCGGGGUCAUCACGUCGCCCAACUACCCCGCAGAGUACAACAACAACGCCGACUGCACCUGGACGGUGCUGGCCGAGCCCGGCGACACCAUCGCCCUGGUUUUCUCCGACUUCCAGCUGGAGGACGACUACGACCUUCUGGAAGUCAGCGGCACCGAGGGCUCCUCGCAGUGGUUCACUGGUCCCAAUCUGCCUUCUCCCAUCAUCAGCAGCAAGAACUGGCUCCGACUGCACUUCACCUCCGAUGGAAACCACAGGUUGAGGGGUUUCAGCGCUCAGUAUCAAGUGAAGAAGAUGUCUGAGCUGAAGUCCAGAGGUGUGAAGAUGCUGCCCAGCAAAGACAACCACCAGAAGAUAUCAGUGUUGUCUCAAAUGGGGGUCGCGCAGGGACACAACAUGUGUCCAGACCCCGGGAUCCCAGAUCGAGGAAAAAGAAAAGGCUCCGACUUCAGGAGAGGAGCAACGGUGCACUUCUCCUGUGAUGAAGGUUAUGAACUGCAGGGCUCAAAGAGCAUCACUUGUCUCAAAGUGACUGACAGCUAUGUUGGCUGGAGCGACGACCGGCCCAUAUGUAGAGCGCCCAUGUGCGGCGGUCAGCUACGGGGGCCCGGCGGCGUCAUCACGUCUCCAAACUACCCGGUCCAGUACGACAACAACGCCAACUGCACCUGGGUCAUCGCCGCCACGGACGCGUCCAAGGUGAUCAAGCUGACGUUCGAGGACUUUGACCUGGAGCGGGGCUACGACACGCUGACGGUGGGAGACGGCGAGGUGGUGGGGGACCAGAAGACCAUCUUCCACGUACUCUCUGGUACCACGACUCCAGACCUUGUGGUCAGCACCAGCCACCAGAUGUGGCUCAACUUCAAAACGGACGACACCAGCGGCUCGCUCGGCUUCAAGGUGUCCUACGAAGAAAUCGAGCAAGGCAGCUGUGGCGAUCCUGGAAUCCCGGCUUACGGCAAGCGGGAGGGGACGGGUUUCCGUCACGGGGACAGACUGUUCUUCGAGUGCCUGCCCGCCUUCGAGCUGGUCGGGAAGAAGAACAUCACCUGCCAGAAGAACAACCAGUGGUCGGCGAAGAAGCCCAGCUGCGUGUUUUCCUGCUUCUUCAACUUCACCACCCCGUCCGGUGUGCUGUUGUCUCCCAACUACCCCCAAGAGUACGGCAACAACAUGCACUGCGUGUGGCUGAUCAUCACCAACCCGGAGAGCCGCAUCAACCUGGCCUUCAACGACCUCAGCAUGGAGAAGCAGUUUGACUUCCUCUCCAUCAAGGACGGAGGAAAGGCCGAGUCGCCCAUUCUGGGAACCUUCUCCGGUGACGUGCUGCCUCCCCCAAUCACGACCAGUGCCCACGUGGCUCGCCUGGAGUUCCUCACGGACCACACCUACACGGACCGAGGCUUCAACAUCACAUUUACGACCUUUCGACACAACGAGUGCCCGGACCCGGGGGUCCCCGUCAACGGGAAGCGCUUCGGCGAGAGCCUGCAGCUGGGCAGCUCCAUCUCCUUCCUGUGCGAGGAGGGCUUCGUCAAGACGCACGGCUCGCAGACCGUCUCCUGCAUCCUCAAGGACGGCAACGUGGUGUGGGACAACGCCGUGCCCCGCUGCGAAGCCCCAUGUGGAGGGGAUCUGAAGGCUCCCAGCGGGAUCAUCCUCUCCCCUGGCUGGCCAGAGCUCUACAAGGAGGCCCUUAACUGUGAAUGGAUCAUCGAGGCUCCUCCAGGCUACCCCAUCAAGAUCAUCUUCGACAAGUUCCGCACAGAGGUCAACUAUGACGUGCUCGAGGUGCGUGACGGACGGUUCCCCUCAUCGCCUCUGAUUGGCAGUUACCAGGGCACCCAGGUUCCACAGUUCCUCAUCAGCACCUCCAACUUCCUGUACCUCCUGUUCUCCACGGACAAGAGCCACUCGGACAUCGGCUUUCGCAUCCGCUAUGAAACCCUGCAGCUGCAGUCCGACCACUGCGUGGACCCCGGCAUCCCGGUCAACGGCCAGCGGCACGGCAACGACUUCUACGUGGGCGCGUUGGUGACGUUCAGCUGCGACGCCGGCUACACGCUGAGCGACCCAGAGCCUCUGGAGUGUGAACCUAACUUCCAGUGGAGCCGCCCCCUGCCCAGCUGUGAUGCCUUGUGCGGGGGUUACAUUCAGGGCAACGUCGGUACCAUCCUGUCGCCCGGCUUCCCGGACUUCUACCCGCACAACCUGAACUGCACGUGGAUAAUCGAGACCUCCCACGGCAAAGGUGUCCAGUUCACCUUUCACACCUUCCACCUCGAGAGCCCUCACGACCAUUUGCUGGUAACGGAGAAUGGGAGCUUCUCUCAGCCCCUGUGGAGACUGACGGGCUCCACGUUGCCUCCGCCUCUCAGCGCCGGGCUGUUUGGAAACUACACUGCUCAGAUCCGCUUCCUGUCCGACUUCUCCGUUUCCUAUGAGGGAUUCAACAUCACCUUCUCUGAGUAUGAUUUGGAGCCGUGCGAGGAUCCGGGAAUCCCACCCUACAGUACGAGAAAGGGCCUGCAGUAUGGCGUGGGCGACGCCCUCAUCUUCUCCUGUUUUCCCGGCUACCGGCUGGAGGGUCCGGCCAAAGUGGUGUGUUUAGGGGGCAGGAGGAGGGUGUGGAGCUCCCCUCUGCCAAGGUGUGUUGCUGAAUGCGGCUCGUCCGUGACUGGCAUGCAAGGGGUGCUGCUUUCGCCCAACUACCCCGGUUACUACGGCAACAACCAUGAGUGUAUCUACUCCAUCCAGACGCAGCCUGGCAAAGGCAUCCAGCUACGCGCGCGAGACUUCAGGCUGGAGGAGGAUGACAUGCUUAAAGUCUUUGAUGGCAGUAGUAAUAAGGCUCGUCUGCUGGGGGUGUUUACUGGCAGCGACCUGCUGGACACCAUGCUGAACUCCACCUCCAGCUCCAUGUGGCUGGAGUUCAUCAGCAAUGCAGAAAACAUCAGUAAAGGCUUUGAACUCCACUUCACCAGCUUCGAGCUGGUAAAAUGUGAGGACCCAGGGGUUCCUCAGUUUGGCUACAAGCGGGAAGACAAAGGUCAUUUUGCAGGGAGCACUGUGUCGUAUAACUGUGAUCCAGGCUACACCCUGAAAGGGCCCGAGGUGCUCACCUGCCUGAGGGGAGAGAGGAGGGCAUGGGACAGCCCCCUGCCCCUGUGUGUUGCGGAGUGUGGCGGCACCAUAAAGGACCAGCCAUCUGGCCGCAUCCUGUCUCCAGGCUACCCGGCUCCGUACGAGCACAACCUGCACUGCAUAUGGACCAUCGAGGCCGCUCCUGGAAGCACUAUUAGUCUGCAUUUCCUGGUUUUCCACACUGAGGAGAUUCACGACGUGCUCCGAAUCUGGGACGGGCCUCAGGACGGAGGGGUCCUGCUGAGGGAGCUGAGCGGAUCAGCGCUGCCCCCAGACGCCCACAGCACCUUUAACACCAUCACCCUCCAGUUCACCACGGACUUCUUCACCAGCAAACAGGGCUUCGCUCUGCAGUUCUCUGUUUCUACUGCAACCUCCUGCAAUGACCCGGGCCUGCCUACCAACGGGACCCGCAGCGGCGACAGCAGGGAGCCUGGAGACCAUGUGGUGUUCCAGUGUGAUCCUGGCUACAUCCUGCAGGGGGCAAACAGAAUCACCUGCACUGAGAUCAAUGGCCGCUACUUCUGGCAGCCAGACCCUCCCACGUGCACAGCUCCAUGUGGUGGGAACCUGACGGGGCCCAGUGGUCUGAUUCUGUCUCCAGACUACCCUGAGCCUUACCCACACGGCAGAGAGUGUGACUGGACGGUCACGGUCACACUGGAUUACGUCAUUGCUCUUAGCUUUAACCAGUUCAGCUUGGAGCCCAGCUACGACUUCUUGCAUAUCUACGACGGGCCCGACUCGCUCAGCCCGCUGCUCGGUAGUUUCUACGGGACGGACGUUCCAGAUCACAUUGAAAGCAGCUCCAACACGCUGUUCCUGGCGUUCCGCAGUGACGCCUCCCUCAGCAGCAGCGGGUUCGUGCUGCAGUACACAGAGAACCCCAGGGAGUCCUGCUUCGAGCCGGGCCUGGUGCGCAACGGGACGCGGGUGGGCGCCGACCUCAAGCUGGGCUCCACCGUCACCUACCACUGCGACAGUGGCUACACGCUGGAGGGAGACCCAACCCUCACGUGCGUCAUGGGGGGAGACGGCAAGCCGAGCUGGAACAGGCCCAAACCCAUCUGCACCGCUCCGUGCGGGGGACAGUACACAGGUUUGGAGGGAGUCGUCCUGUCGCCCGGUUACCCUGGAAACUACAGCAGCGCGAGGACCUGUCUGUACUCCGUGGUCGUGCCUAAGGAUUACGUGGUCUUCAGUCAGUUCGCCUUCUUUCAAACGGCGCUGAAUGACAUCGUGGAGGUUUAUGACGGGGCAACGCACCACUCCCGUGUCCUCAGCUCGCUUUCGGGAGCACACACAGGCGAGUCGUUGCCAUUAGCAACCUCCAACCAAGUCCUGAUCCGCUUCACCUCCAAAGGCCAGUCCAGCUCCAGAGGAUUCCACCUGGUCUACCAGGCGGUGCCACGCACCAGCGCCACCCAGUGCAGCUCUGUCCCCGAGCCACGGAAUGGCCGCCGUAUGGGGAACAACUUCGCGGUCGGCGCGGUGAUCCGCUUCGAGUGCAACCCGGGUUACGUGCUGGAGGGAUCGGGCGCCAUUGAGUGUCUGACGGUUCCCAACGCCCUGGCCCAGUGGAACAGCUCCAUCCCCAGCUGCAUAGUUCCAUGUGGAGGCAACCUGACCCAUAGAACUGGCACAAUCUUAUCGCCUGGUUUUCCUGAGCCUUAUCUCAACAGCCUCAACUGUGUGUGGAAGAUCACCGUUCCCGAAGGAUCGGGAAUUCAGAUCCAGGUAAUCAGCUUUGUCACAGAGCAGAACUGGGACUCGCUGGAGGUGUUCGACGGAGGAGACAACACCGACACCAUGCUCGGCAGCUUCUCAGGCACAACGGUCCCAGCGCUGCUCAACAGCACCUCCAACCAGCUCUACCUUCACUUCUUCUCUGACAUCAGUGUGUCUGCGGCUGGAUUCAGGCUGGAAUACAAAACGGUGUCACUGACCAACUGUCCAGAGCCGGUGGUUCCCAUGAACGGUAUAAAGGUCGGGGAGCGUCUGCAAAUGAAUAAUGUGGUGUCUUUCCAGUGUGAACCCGGAUACACUCUGCAGGGGAACUCGCACAUCACCUGCAUGCCUGGAACCGUGAGACGGUGGAACUACCCGCCUCCUCUUUGCAUAGCUCAAUGUGGUGGAAUUCGGGAGGAGAUGGAGGGCAUGAUUCUCAGUCCCGGUUUCCCUGGCAACUACCCUAGCAACAGUGACUGCACCUGGAGAAUCUACCUGCCAGUUGGUUACGGAGCCCACGUUCAGUUCCUCAACUUCUCCACAGAGGCCAACCAUGAUUUCCUUGAAAUCCGCAACGGGCCCCUCGAUACGAGCGCAGUGAUUGGACGAUUCAGUGGCCAGGAUGUCCCCUCCUCCCUUCUUACUACCUCCCAUGAGACCACAGUCUACUUCCACAGUGACCAUUCACAGAACAAGCCAGGUUUUAGGUUCGAGUACCAGGCAUAUGCGCUCCAGGAGUGUCCUGAUCCAGAGCCUUUCCAUUACGGAGCCGUGGUGGGCGCAGGGUACAACGUGGGCCAGUCCAUUUCCUUCGAAUGCCUGCCUGGGUAUCAGCUCACGGGACAUUCCAUCCUCACCUGUGAACAUGGCACCACACGCAACUGGGAUCACCCUUUCCCUCGCUGUGAAGUGCCCUGCGGUGGGAACAUCACGUCAGACAACGGGACCAUCUUCUCCCCGGGCUACCCGGAGGAGUACCCCAGCUCCGCCGACUGCUCCUGGCUGAUCACCGUGGCUCCUGGCUUUGGAAUCAAACUCAACUUCACUCUGCUGCAGGUUCACGGGCUCAACAACUUUAUCACUGUCUGGGACGGUCCACAGGAGACUGCCAGGAAGCUGGGAGUUUUCAUUGACGGAGAACCCAACGAACCACCGAGCAGCACGUCCAAUCAGGUGCUGAUACGUUUCCGAAGCAACACUGAGAAGGGUGGGCUGUUCCGCAUCAGCUACCAAGCCUACAGGCUACAGUACUGCCUGCCUCCUCCCAUCAUUCCCAAUGCAGAAAUCCUGAUGGCGAGCAAGGAAUUUAAAAUUGGUGAUAUAGUGCGCUACCGAUGUCUUCCGGGGUACCAGCUGAGCGGAAACAGCAUCCUGACCUGCCGGUUAGGCACACAUUUGGAGUUUGAGGGGCCUCCGCCCUCAUGUGAUGUGACGUGUCCGAUGAACGAGGUGCUGACGGCUUCCACGGGGAUCAUCAUGAGCCAGUCGCCAGGCAGCAGCUUUCCCCAUUUCGAGUCGUGCUCAUGGGUGGUCAAAGUGGAGCCCGGCUUCAACAUCACCUUCACCAUCGAGCACUUCCAGACCAGCCGGCAGUUCGAUGAGCUUGAGAUCUUUGAUGGUCCAUCCAGGCAGAGCCCCCUGCUAAUCACCCUCAGUGGGAACUAUUCCAGUCCACUGAGCAUCACUAGCUCCAGUAACAAAGUAUACCUGCACUGGUCCUUCGACCACACUACCAGCCAUAAAGGCUUCCGGAUACGCUACUCAGCCGCCUACUGCAGCCCUCCCAGCAACCCUGUGAACGGCACAGUUCACAGCCUAACAGGCACCAAGCUGGGCAGCGCCCUGCGAUUCAACUGUGACCAGGGCUUUCGGCUCAUUGGCCAGAGCAGCGCCACGUGUACCAGGACUGCACAGGGGGUGUACCAGUGGAAUGCACCCGUGCCGCUCUGCCAAGUCAUGUCCUGUGGAAUGCCAGUGGCGCCAGUCAACGGCAGUAUUGUUGGCCAGGACUUCUCUCUGGGAGCUCGGGUCACUUACCAGUGUAAUCCUGGAUUUCGACUUGCCGGGCCCGUCACCACUUCAGUGAUGUGUCAGGAAUCAGGGAGGUGGAGCCCCAUUGAGGCCCCACCUAGAUGUAUUCCCGUGACCUGUCCUGAUAUUAGCCAUUCUUCUGUGGAGCAUGGGAGAUGGAGACUAAUCUAUGGAACUCAGAACCAAUACGAUGCUAUUAUGAUGCUCAUCUGUGACCCAGGAUAUUACUACAGGGGUCAAAGGGUAAUCCGUUGUCAGGCGAACAGCACCUGGAACUACCCAGAUCCACGGCCAGUGUGUGAGAUCAUCUCAUGUGGGGAUCUCGGGACUCCACCAAAUGGCAACAAGAUUGGAACGCUCACCGUGUACGGAGCCACGGCCAUUUUCUCUUGCAACACAGGAUACACACUGGUGGGCUCCCGCGUGCGGGAGUGCAUGUCCAACGGGCUUUGGAGGGGAACACAGGUCCAGUGUUUGGCCGGCCAUUGUGGGACCCCAGAGCCUAUUGUGAACGGCCAGAUCAUUGGAGAGAACUACAACUAUCGCGGCAGUGUUGUGUACCAGUGCAACCCGGGGUUUCGUCUCAUCGGGGUGUCGGUGCGGAUCUGCGAGCAGGAUCACCGGUGGUCUGGCCACACGCCUGUCUGUGUCCCCAUUACAUGCGGUCACCCUGGUAACCCGACCUUCGGUCAGACUCAAGGGAGCCAGUUCAACCUGAACGACGUUGUGCGCUUUGUCUGCAAUACUGGAUAUGUUCUGCAAGGGGCUGUGAAGUCUGCCUGCCAGGCAAAUGGACAGUGGAGCAACGCUCUGCCCAGGUGCAAGAUUGUGAACUGCACAGAGCCGGGUCACGUAGAGAACAGCAUCCGGCAGGUACUGCCCAGCGGGCCGCAUCGCUACAGCUUCCAGACCUCCGUGUCGUACCGGUGUAACCCGGGCUACUACCUGCUAGGGACCAGCUCCAUCUCCUGUCAGGGAGACGGCACCUGGGACCGUUCCCUGCCCAAGUGUCUGUUGGUGCUGUGCGACCGCCCCAGCAUGCCGCCGUACGCGCAGAUCUCGGGCGACCGCCGGACGGUCGGCUCGGUCAUCCGCUACAGCUGCAUCGGCCAGCGCACCGUCGUCGGCAACACCACCCGGAUGUGUCAGCUGGACGGGCAGUGGAGCGGCUCACCGCCACACUGCUCGGGGGAUUCUGCCGGGCUGUGUGGGGAUCCGGGCGUCCCCGUGCACGGUAUCCGUCUGGGCGACGAGUUCACGGUGGGCAGCAUCGUCCGCUUCAGCUGUGAGCCUGGCUACAUGCUGAAGGGCUCUCCAGACAGAACCUGCCUGGCCAAUGGGACGUGGCUGGGAACCCAACCCGAGUGCCACGUCGUCUCCUGCGGGAACCCGGGGACGCCGCGGAACGCCCAGAUCCUGAUUCACGACGGCCUGACGUUCUCCCGAUCCAUCACUUACGCCUGCAGGGAGGGCUACUACUCCACCGGCCUGCUCACCCGACACUGCACCGUCAACGGCACCUGGACCGGCAACAUGCCCGAGUGCUCAGUGAUCAACUGUAACGACCCUGGGGUUCCAGCCAACGGGGUGAGGAUCGGUAGCGACUUCACCUACAACCACACAGUCAGUUUCCAGUGCUCCCCUGGUUUCACCAUGGAUGCGGAGCGGGCCUCCAGUCUCAUCUGCACCAAGGACCGCACGUGGAACGGCACCAAGCCGCUCUGUAGAGCGAUCGUAUGCGGUCCGCCAGCUGCCAUUCCUAAUGGACAGAUUGUGGGUGCAGACUUCAACUGGGGCUCCAGCGUUAGUUACUCUUGCAAUCAAGGUUACCAACUGUCGCUGCCAACUGUGUUAACGUGCCAGGGCAACGGCAACUGGAGUGGGGAGAAACCUCAGUGCUUCCCUGUGUUCUGUGGAGACCCGGGGAUACCGGGUCAAGGACGACGGGAAGACAGAGGCUUCACCUACCUCUCCUCCGUGUCCUUCUCCUGCUACCCUCCUCUGGUGCUGGUGGGCUCCACCAGGAGAUACUGCCAGUACGAUGGAACUUGGAGUGGCACACAACCCUCUUGCAUUGAUCCCACCCACACGACCUGUGGAGACCCAGGCAUCCCUCUCUUUGGAAACCAGAACAACAGUCAAGGCUACCAGAUAAGCAGCACCGUGUUCUUCAGCUGUAGAAAGGGCUACUUACUGCAAGGCUCCAUUUCUCGCACUUGUCUGCCCAACCUCACGUGGAGUGGUUUUCAGCCGGAGUGCAUCGCCCACCACUGCAGCCAGCCGGAGCUGCCAGCUCAGUCUGAUGUGAGAGCCAUUGAACUGCCAUCCCUUGGCUACACGUUGAUCUAUACAUGUCAGCCUGGCUUCUACUUGGCUGGAGGAUCAGAGCACCGGACCUGCAGGUCUGAUGGGAGUUGGACAGGGAAACCGCCGCUGUGUGCAGCUGAUAAUCGCCCAAUUGGUAAGAGCCCUGUGGGAACAGUACAGGAGCCACCUUCCAAACUACCAGUACCUGCUGGUGUGUUUGCCAAGAACUCUCUGUGGAGGGGCUCGUACGAGUACCUGGGGAAAAAGCAGCCGGCCAUGCUAAGCAUCACUGCCUUUGAACCCUCCAGCAACCGGGUCAACGGGACGCUCAUCGACCACAGCGGAGUGGAGCUCAAACUAGCUGGCACGUACAAGAAAGAGGAGGCUCAGCUGCUGCUCCAGGUCCACCAGAUCCGAGGGCCCGUGGAGAUCUUCGUCAACAAGUUCAAAAUAGACAACUGGGCCCUGGAUGGACACGUGUCCUACAUCUCUUCAUCGAACUCCUUUGUGUACCAGGGAUUUGUCAGAGGAAAAGGCUUCGGCCAAUUUGGUCUCCAGAGACUGGAGAGCUUGGAUCCCAGCAGAGACAACCCAGGCUACAACUUCGCUUCCAACAGCAGUUCAGUGGCAGCAGCCAUCCUAGUGCCUUUUAUAGCCAUGAUCAUUGCAGGCUUCGCUCUGUACCUCUAUAAACACAGAAGAAGACCCAAAGUUCCCUUCAAUGGUUACGUGGGCCACGAGAACACCAACGGACGAGCUACGUUUGAAAACCCCAUGUAUGACCGCAACAUCCAGCCCACUGACAUCAUGGCCAACGAGACAGAGUUCACAGUCAGCACAGUGUGCACAGCUGUAUAGCAACCGCUUCCUCCACAGUCUUGGGAGGAGACAUGCACCACAUCUUCGCCUUCCUGCCAGCAGAGGACUCCUAUAGUUCCCUGAGCGGAGGCCAGAUGAAGAUUAUUUUAUUUGCUGAAACACAUUCAAGAAAACAUCUCCGGUGGAAAAAGCUCUUACCUGCAGGAGACGUGAAAACGAAGAAACCACGCGAAAACGACUGUAACAAAACCAACAACGAAAUGCUUUUUUUUUUUAAAUAACUUUCCGUGGUUUCCUGAUUAUUUCUCCGUGUUUCGAGGAAAGGCUUCCACCUGAAACUGCGCCCAGCAGGACUACGGCACUGCUGGAGGCAAAGCUGUGAUGACUUUUCUCACCGCCCUCGGCCUCAACCCAAAGGGAAUAUUAACGGUCAACGUUAAGUCAAUACAUUGACCUGUAGCUAGCAGAGAUCUCUGUGCAAGUGAACUGUACGCUGGACAUCCCGUGUCGGCCUGUGGAACCAGACCCAGUCUGGACUUUGGUUCACGUUUGCUUCUCAUUUUACCCUCUCUUCUGUCACAUCCGCCUUGCUUUCUGUGAUGAGUAAUUGGGAGCCGCGUUUUUCCCCGACUGCUCCUGAGGCUGUUGGCAGAGUUCGUGGGAGCUUGCGGGCCUCUGGCUGAGGAUGGAUUGAAUAUUCAGUGAGUUUUGAAGGCCGUGUUGGAGACGCAUAUUCUACUUUAACCUUUUAAGCUUGACUCCGUAUUCUCACCGUUUCUUUUUAUUCCUCUUUCAUUUAUUGGGGUGGUUGUUUGCUUGUCAUGGCAGCUGUGUCCAAAACGGGCCUACAAAGUAGCUAGGGUUGCUGAAAAACAGCACUUAGCGAUAAUGUAUGCGUGUAUGUAAUUGUUACUGAGAUGGCAAGAAAGGCCUGGCUGUGUGUAUGUUUUCCACACACAUGUUGGCUGCAUCCCUGUCUGCUUUAGCCCCAAAGAAUCCACCAAACAUUUCAACAGAUGAGUUGCUUGUUGUUUUGUUUUUUUUUUUUAUUAUUACUUUUUAAGAAAUGCUCACGACUGAGUUUAGGCCCAUGGCUUUAUGUCUUGGACGCUCUGGAUUGAAUGGGCUCUGAUGACUAUGUGGAGAUCCAGUGGGAGAGCCGAGCCCGAAGGCAGAGGCAGUCUCUACUUCCAACUCCCAUCCUCUGUCUCUUGGUUUGUUGUGCUUCUUGUCCAGUCAUUUUAUUUUACUUCCUGUUCCUGGUGUGUUCUGAUGAGAAAGUAUGGAAUCACGUCUCAAACUGAUGCAUCCAAAUGGAAAUGUUAAACACACUUCAGACACUUGAGGAAAAAGAGACACUGGUUGGGUUGAAGCUGAGCUGGAGCCAGGAUGGGUCCACUUUUCUUGGACCAACACUGUAUAUCGCUGUUCAUUUUGCGUCAUUUCAAGUCAGAACAAAGCUGUGGCACCAAGUUACAGAGGAAGUUCUGUUCAGAAAGAGCUCGAGUGUGAUGUCAAAUUCCUGGAUCAGCUGCCGCAUGUAUUUUCAGUUUGAAGGUGGUAUGUACUGUACUUCUGUGAGAUCAAGAUGCAGUAUGAGCUUGGCCUUAGGAAAACAAAGAUCAAAGUGCGGUCAUGUUCCGACUCUCUGGAAAUGUUCAACUGAAGGCGCUCGAGUCGGAAGAAUGGAUGAGUCAGUGAUGUUUCCCCUCGGGAUUGCAUUCAGGUCUUUUCCUCAAAGUUAACUUCUGACAGCUCCAUCCCUUUGAAACAGAGCAGCGUUGCUUUGUUUUGCCUUCGCCCGUCAUGAAAACCUUACAGAAGGCUUCCUCAGAGCUGUGACGGCCGGGGAGUCGCCGGCAUACUGAUUACUCCGGUGCGUUAAAUUGGGAAUGAUAACUUUAAUAUGGGGGGGGUAAUGCGUUUCUGCCUCUAAUGCUAAUAGUUCUCGCGCCGGUGUCAAGCUGGGAGACGCGUACACAAAAAGAGGCUUCGAGUGAGGAAACCGCCACUGAAUGGACGGCCGGAUUCAACCCUGGCUGGUGAAUGACGAACCCGAUGAGGCGAGGCGGCUCCCAGCGUCGAUGCUUUAGUGACGCUCACAAUGCGUGCGCAUUAGCCGAAUGACACCCUGCUCCCAGCUAUUUACAGCUAACUAUCCCUACACCUGUGUGUCCUGUGGAUGCUGAGUGGGGGAUAGUGCGCCGGAUUCACUGCAGCGAAUGGAGCCAUUACAUGCAAUUUGUUUUAUUUUGGCCUUGUUUCGUUGUGGACCCCCUGAAUUCAACUGAAGCAUCACCGCUGACGAGACGGAGCCGCAACGAUUUAACGUUUGUUCAACAUUCGUGCUUAUCUAAUUCAGCAUGUUUUUGUUGACACGAUGAAUGGGGCACGAACAUUUGACUCGUUUGUUUUUGAAAUUAUAUAUGCUAAUAACUAUACAGUCAAGCAGCAAGUGGCUUUCACAGUCAAAUCAGCCCCCAAACCAACAGGUUUUAUAAUGAAGUCUUUAAAAUCACCUAGAGCACAUAAUUUCCUUCUGAAAUCCAGGCCUUUGAAACCAAUCACUGUAUUGUUCCUUCAAUCAGUUUCGCUGUAGGUCGGUAAUUGCUUUUACAAUUUUAUUACUUUUAAAGCUCUCGCUUAUCUCGACAGUACAGAUAGAAUAUUGCCCCUUGCCUGCUCUGGCCGUGAAUUGAUGGAAAAGGAAACGAUUGAAUUACCCUGGAGAUUUCGCUGGGGAGAGGAGCAGUUGCAGUCACAUUACCUUGAAGGCAUCGCUACUCACUUUCCAUAGUUCUGUGUGGCCGUUGCAUUGUGCAUUUCAUUUAUUUAUUUUUUUUAUAUUCUGAAAUUGCUCCAAACAUUCCUGCACGGUGAAUAGCCUCAUUACGUCCCUGUUAGGUUCUGGUAAGGCCACUUUAAAGCGGUCUUUACGCCUCCAUUCAUUCCUCCCAUGGUAACGUUUACCCACACAUUAUGCAACACUUUAUUAAUCUGCACUGAGCAUUAAACAAACAAAUGUGAUUAGCUGGUGCAAUAGGACACGAUUCCCCCCACUCCCUGGACAGGAAGCAUUCUAAUGGGUCUGGAAUUAGAUAUUAAAUUAGGUUUAGUGUGGAUUUGGACAAACAGUGCAAUGCAGUUUUUUUUUGUUGUUGUUGUUGUUUUUUUUACCAACAAGGGCUCAGUGUUGGAAAAAUGGGUUUUAAAAGGCUACAAUCAUACAAUACCUUCCGUCCAUGUUCCUGAAUCUCCCCCAGUCUCUAAAAAGCACUUUACAUUCAUUAUAGUGCCUUGUUAGAACCCAGUGAUGUGACGGACUAGGAAAUUCCAAACCUUAAUGUUUCUGUUCUUUACUAACAAUUAAUGAAAGAUUGGCUCACGUCAGAAUAAAUAUGAGUGCUCAUUUUAGCUUUUUGUGUAGGAACUGUAUUCUGGUGCAAGAUGAGUGUUGUGUGUUUAAAUUUACCUUUCAAACCAAAGAUAGUUCUUCAAAUUUAACCAUUGUUAGAUUGGGCAAAAUGUUAACAUUGAGCUCAGUUAAAGUUGCUUUGUUUAGUUCAGUUUUACAAUAGUCAUUAUUAAAAAUCCUCAAUAAUUUUGCAGAUUUACAGGUUCUUGCAUAAUAGGAACAGUAUCUAUGUACAGUGGGUGCAUUCUCUUUUGAACAUAUCUGGGUUAGUCAGAAAGUUCUCAAAGAAAGUGCAGUGGAGUUAUAUAAAAAUGAAGAUCAGUGAGUUCUGCCGUGAGAGUUUUCAUUUCUAGCAGCUGGCUACUUCCUGGCUCACUUUGCAUAUUUUAAGACAGAAACUGUUCAUCCUAGGUUCAUUUUCGUUAUCAGCCAGACACAGCUCUGAGUUCCCCCCUGCUCACCAUCCCUUCUAUAAUGAAACACACCACAGCUAUGGUCUUUGAGUUCCCAUCGACUUCACAGAAUUUCCUCACCGUCAGGGACGAGACCAGAAGCCGCGCGAUUCACUCCCUGGCACAGGCUGCGCGCAUUGAAAUCGGCCGGCCGUGCUUUGUGAGAUAUUCCGCAUCAGCUAUCGCUCAUAAUCUCCCAUCUUUCAUUGUCACCGCAUAUCGACGGCUGCGACAAAGCCACACUUACUGCCGUGUUGUUCAGGUAAUUUGCCUUCACUGUUAAGCCCAUUUCAGCAAUGACUAGUGGACUCAAGCAGGAGGGAGCGGAAGGAGAGAUGUGUUUUGAAAAGCUGUGACGCACAGAUACAUUUUAUUCUAUAAAGGGAGAUAACGGUGGGCCGAUGGUUCCAUCAUUUGUGAACAGAUCACUGGUGGUAUUGCUGAAAAACUGCAGAAUGUAUUUCAUUUCACCGAGUGCAUCAGAAUUUAUCCACCUAUCUAUACUGUGUUCAGUAUCUGUAAUCCGACAACUGCUCCUCUGUUUGUGCACAGUAAUGGAAAGAAAUUUGCGUUGUCAAUAAUCGUCAGCCUUGGAAUACAAACAUAGAAAUAGAAUGUCUAGUUUAUCUUUACUACGAUAUUGCAAAGUAUUUACCGAGAGCUGCUUUUUUACUACCAGAGACUUUACAUUGCUGUGUGUUUGCCAUCGCAACAUUCAUCCAUGUUUAGUUAUUUCAUGACAGUCCAGUGGAUCUCUCGCGUACAGUAGACUCUACAGGAGCCUGAACCUCCAUAGCAACCCUUGGCACCUAACUUUGGGCUCCGCAACAAAAAAAGAGAAGAUCCAGUGUCAAUGUCUCGCUGUACACCAAAAGGGUUUCCUGUAGAACGUGGACUCAAGCAGGCUGUGUGUAACUACAGAGGGAAGAUGUCUCUAAGAAAAUAGAAUAUGUUAACGAAUAAAAAACCUUUUUUUGUACAGAGAUAUAUUUUUAUGAAUAUACAUUUGUAAUAUAAAAAGAAAAAAAACUUGAUUGACAUAUGUAAAUGUUUUUUUUUUCAUUAUUGUAGUACAAAUGCUAGUGGGGAGUAUAUGAAAAAUCUAUAUAAAUAAAUAUAUAUAUAUAUAUAAAUAAAUAUAAAUAUAUACAAAGAAAAAUAAAAACAAGGCUUUUUUGUAUAUGUAAAAAAGAUUGUAAAUAAAAGUUUACAUACAUACUGUACAUAUGUAAGACCCACCAUGGCUUGUCUGCAAUAUAUAAAAUGUAUUUUAUCUGUCUGUAUAUGAUGCUUUGCAUUGUGUCUAAGCUUAUUCUACUUUCUUGAACUUGAAACUUAUUUUGAAGGUUUUGGAAUAAAAUGUAAAACCUA